UCUAAUUCGAGUCAGCUAACAAAUUCUGACCUAAUUAACCUAGUCAAAUUUGAAAAGGCAGACUUCUCCCCCGCUCGUUAACAAUUCAGCGACGCACGCCAGACCACAGCUUCAAUCCCAUCGUUCCGGCUCCAUUUUUCUUCAAUUCCAUGCAUUUGCAGAUUGCCCAGUCACUCUCAACCGAUAACAUACGCAGAGGAAUGCCUAAGGGGCUAAACUGCGCCAAAGAAUGACUUCAGAUGUUCAAGUCACUCGUCGUCAUCUCUCACACCCGUACCUGUUUCACAACAAUCAUCCCAUUUUGCCCCAAACAUUACUCUACACAAACACAUACACUUGACGAUUUCCACAACCCAAAAGUUUCAAAACCCUUUACGACUUUUGUCAAAAGAACAUUCUCCCACAUAUACCAACAAUGUUCACAUCAAAAGACCGUCGAUCAAGGAAAACAAGCACAUGCUCACAUGAUUGCAUCCGGGUUUGUACCCACUAUCUUUGUCACAAAUUGUUUGAUCCAGAUGUACAUCAAGUGUUCGAACAUGCAGUAUGCCCACAAGGUGUUCGACGAAAUGCCUCAAAGAGACACAAUCUCAUGGAACGCUAUGGUUUUCGGGUAUGCUGGGAUUGGGAACAUGAGUAUGGCCCAGAACAUGUUUGAUUCAAUGCCCGAGAGAGAUGUGGUUUCGUGGAACUCGUUGAUUUCAGGGUACUUACAGAACAGUAAUUGUGGGAAAUCAGUUGAAGUUUUUAUGCGAAUCCGAAGAGAGGGUGUGGAGGUGGAUGCCACGACAUUUGCUGUGGUUUUGAAGGCGUGUUUAGGUUUGGAGGAUUAUCGUUUAGGGGUUCAAGUUCACGGACAUCUUAUUCGAACCGGGUCCGUUCAUGAUGUGGUGGCAGGAAGCGCGACCGUAGAUAUGUACGCAAAAUGCAAGAAACUAAAGGAAUCAAUAUCCUUUUUCAAAGAAAUGCCUGUGAAGAAUUGGGUAUCAUGGAGCGCGUUGAUCGCUGGUUGCGUACAAAACGACGAGCCUUUACGCGGUUUGGAACUAUUCAAAAGUAUGCAAAAAGACGGGUUAGGAGUUAGCCAAUCAACAUAUGCUAGUCUUUUUCGAUCAUGUGCAGGCUUGACCGCAUUAAAUUUCGGUUCUCAAUUACAUGGUCAUUCUCUAAAGAUGAAUUUCGGUUCUGAUUUGAUAGUAGGAACCGCAACUUUGGAUAUGUAUGCGAAAUGUGACAGGUUAAGCGAUGCAAAAAAACUGUUUCGCACGUUAUCGAUUCGUAAUCGACAGUCAUACAACGCGAUUAUUAUAGGUUGUGCGCGUGUUGGUGAAGCUUUUGAAGCAUUGCAGCUGUUUCGUAAUCUAAGGCGCACCGAUCUUGGUUUUGAUGAGAUUACUUUAUCAGGUGCGUUUAGCGCAUGUGCGGUAAUUAAAGCGUAUACCUUUGGGGUGGGAUUACACGGGUUGACAAUCAAGAGUAUGUUGCAGUCCAACGUGUGCGUUGAAAAUGCCAUGCUUGAUAUGUACGGAAAAUGUGGAGCUCUGACGGAAGCACGCUGCGUGUUUGAUGACAUGCGGAUAAGAGACGCGGUCUCUUGGAAUGCGAUUAUUGCUGCUUAUGAGCAAAACGGUAACAUAGAUGAAACGCUUGAACUUCUUGUUUCGAUGCUGGGUUCGGGUCUAGAACCCGACGAGUUCACUUUCGGUAGUGUGUUAAAAGCUUGUGCGGGUUUGAAAGCGUUAAACUACGGAACAGAGAUUCAUGGUAGAAUAGUUAAAUUCGGGAUGGGUUUGGAAUGUUUUGUCGGAAGCGCGCUUGUAGAUAUGUAUUGCAAAUGCGUGAGAAUCGAAGACGCGGAAAAGCUUCAUGAAAGAAUGGAGGAACAAACAAUGGUGGCGUGGAACGCGAUCAUUUCGGGAUUCUCGGAUCAAGAACAAAGUGAAGAAGCGCAAAAAUUCUUUUCCCGGAUGUUACAAUCCGGAACAAAACCCGACAACUUCACAUUUGCAACGGUUCUCGACACGUGUGCGAAUCUCGCAACCGUCAGUUUAGGAAAACAAAUACACGGUCAAAUCAUUAAACAAGAAAUGCAAUCCGACGUGUUCAUUUGCAGCACACUUGUUGAUAUGUAUUCAAAGUGCGGCAACAUGCACGAUUCACGAUUAAUGUUUGACAAGUCAACUAAUAAAGAUUUCGUCACAUGGAACGCGAUGAUUUGCGGGUACGCUAACCACGGACAUGCAAACGAUGCGAUAGGUAUUUUCGAGUCCAUGAAACUAAACAAUGUGAAACCGAAUCAUGCGACUUUUGUGUCGGUCCUAAGAGCGUGUGCACACAUGGGCCAAGUGGAAAGAGGGUUAGAAUACUUCAACUCGAUGUCGAACAAUUACAAACUAAACCCUCAAUUAGAACAUUACUCAUGCAUGGUGGAUAUAUUAGGCCGGUCGGGUCAAGUCAACAAGGCGUUAAAUCUUAUUAACGACAUGCCAAUCGAACCCGAUGAUGUUAUAUGGAGAACCUUACUUGGUAUAUGCAAGUUACAGAAGAACGUGGAGGUGGCUGAGACGGCUGCAAGUCGGCUUAUUCAGCUGGACCCACAAGAUUCAAGCACGUAUGUACUGUUAGCGAAUAUUUACGCUGAUGCGGGGAUGUGGGAAAAGGUCUCGAAGAUUAGAAAGAGUAUGAGACGUGUUGGGUUGAAGAAAGAACCCGGUUGCAGCUGGAUUGAGGUGAAAUCCGAGCUGCAUAUGUUUGUUAUUGCGGAUAAAGCGCACCCAAGAUGCAACGAGAUUUAUGACAAGUUGGAUGAGUUAGUUGGGGAGAUGACAUGGUCUCGAUAUGUGAAGAAUGAUGCCGAGGGACCAGAAGAUGAUCGUGCGGCUUGUUAUGCGUAGUGUGUAUUAUGAAUGAGUCGAUAUGCCUAAUUUUUUUAGACUAAAUGCAAAAUUUUGAUUUACAUACAUGUAAUUUACUAUAAUGUUUUACUAAUGCUAAUACCUACGAAUUUCGCGGUGUUGAGAAAUGAUAUAUUUUUUAUUUUUAGAAAAAAAAAAUGCGCGACUUGUAAGCACUACACUAAAAAUGAGGCUAAACCAAGGCUCAAUAAACAUGAUAUCAAAAGCGCUUCUUACAUAGCAUGAGCUACAUCAAUUCCUAUGCGAGCGAUUCCACACAUGCAUACUCUUCUUAGAUUAGAUUACAACGGCAAAUUAAAAUAGCCCAUAUUAGUCAAUGUAUAUGCUACGAUAUACAUAGCCCGCUAGUUGUACAUUAACGUUGAUUAAAGGAACAUGCCAUUUAUUACUAUAUAAUUUCUAAAUAUUUUAUAAUUUUUAAUUUAUACUUGUAGACUUUCACCAAAGAUAUUAUUCAUGCAUUUUAAUGCUUAUCAAAACAAUAUGUACAUUUUGUAUAAUUUCAUCAGUUUAGUUUUUCUAGCAUAUUACUAUGUUAGUUAGUUGAGUAAACCUAAAUAUUUAUAGCAUUUUACCCUUAAUCUUUUGCUUUAAAAGCAUUAUUAGGUAUAUGAUAAUCCAAUUAUUUAUUUUAGACAAACUUGAGCUCAAAGGAGCCAUUCUUGAAACAGCAUUUGCUUUUGAGUUUGUAACUGGGCGAAUACAAGGGUAAAAUGUAAGCAUAUGCACUCACUAUUAAUGAAUUUAUUUUUACAUGUCAAUAAAGAAACAUGAAAGCAAAAACAAAAUGGUAAAAAGAAAAACUAAAACAAUAAUAUUUAAACUAUACCAUUCACAAUUACACCUCAAAUAAUCUACUUAAAAGUAUAUUACAUCAUGGUUUGCAAAACAAACAAACAUGUAAAACAACAUUAAUCCACAAAUAAAACUUGCAAAAACCAAAUAUUGCAUUUACCACCAUUCCAGUGAACUAUUCUAGUCAUCUUCUCAAACCCCAACAUUUGGAAUUCCAGGUCAUGUUACACUUGAGCAUGAUGUAUCAUUUAGUUCCAUUUUGAUAAUAAAAAUUAACGCCAUCGCCAUAAAUCAUCAAAGUAAUUAAAAUCAUACCUCCAGGCUCCACUCAAUGGUGUGGACGGACUUCCCCAAUAUGCAGCAGCUAGUUAUCAUUGAUUUCAAUCUGAAAUUUAAAAUUUAUAUGUCCCAAAAUACAACUAAUCACCCAAUAUGCACCUCGUUAUCAUUGAUUUCUUUGUGCCCAAGUACCAUUAAUCGAAAAUAUUAAAAAAAAAAAAAAA